AUGGCCCAUUCCCACCUUAUCUCCGUAUUUGGUGAGGCGAUGAUCAUCGCGAAAUUCACCCACCACCAAAUGGUUUCUUUCUCCUGCGAGGUGUGCAACGACACCAUCAUCAAGAAAAAAUUGGACCAGCACAAGCAAAGAUGCAGAGGAGCUUAUUUCACAUGUAUUGACUGUUCCACUACUUUCCAAGGUUCGGACUACAAGAGCCACACCCAGUGCAUUUCUGAGGCAGAGAAGUACGAGAAGGCCUUGUACAAGGGAAAGAAGUCUAAGCCCGCUCCAAAGCAAGAACCUAAGAAGGAAGAACCUAAGAAGGAAGAGCCUACAAAGACAGAAAAGCUGUCCAAAAAGGAAGACAAGCUGCCAAAGAAGUCCUCCGUGGACUUGUCCCAAUUCUCCUCGGGACCCUUGUAUAAAGUGAUCAAGACCAUUUCCAAGGACGCCAAGCUCGACAAGAAGGACGUUUUGAAGAAGUUGCAGGUCAAACGGAUCAACGGCGAGCUCACCCUUACUUUGUAA